AUGGACGAAUAUCGGCUUCAACAAGAGCUCGAAGCAAUGGCGGGCAAUGCGUUCCAGGUGGGAGAGGAUACACGCGCAAACCCGGAGCCCAUCGGCACCGCCAUGGAACGAUGGCAGAAGCUCUUCGGUCUCGAUCAAAGCGAGGCGGUAGAACGCAUCAUGCAUCACCGCAACAACCUGACCCGCACGCGCAUUUCCGACGCCCACUGGGACGAGGUCCGCAGCCAUGCGGAAGUCGCUGGCUACGAUCGGGAAGCCUACGAGUACGAGCUGGAGCUGCUGAGGAAGAAGGCCCAUCUGCCAGGCCUCUACCCCUCCUCCGCCGACGAGGAUGAGAGCGAUUGCUCCUCCAUCACGUACCUCUUGGAGCUUGCGGGUCCGCUUGAGGAUGUCGAAAAGGUCCGACGAGCCGCUGGUAUGGAUAUGCUGCCGGUCGUUGUGGAGGGGAAUAGCACCGAAGACCAACGGGCGGUGUCGCUGUGUUGCAUUGGCGCUGCGGCGAAGAGGGCUAUCUUGAGAUGGUGCAGUGCAGAAGGAGAGGGUUACGAGCCCACCAUCUUGGUUGAUCCGCGGUCACUGAGAUGA